UUGGCCAUUGAGAUAAAUAUAUUUGGGUUAGUGGACAAAUAGCCCGGCUAAAAUAAUGUCCACUUAUUGUUUAAAUUAUCGUCGAUCGAGUUUUUGUCGUGACUGAUGUCGACGAUUGUUUCGUUGCGGUGACGGAUAUUCCAGGGUAACUCAUUACGUGGCCCAAUUUAGGAUUCACUUUUCCUCCGAAUGAAGUGAAGUUUUUUGACUAGCGCUUGGGGUGAAUUAGUACUCUCGAGUGAAAAUGCAGUCGACGAACGUCAAGCAGGUGCAGGCUCCAGGGCUGAAGCAAGUUAAGGUCGACAACUGGGGGACGUUCUUCCUCCAACGGCUCCAGCAGCUGUACGUGGAGGAGGAGCUCUUGGAUCUCACUAUCAAAUUUCCUACUAGUGAUAUCACAGUACAGGCCCACCGUCUAGUAAUAACGACCUGCACAGACUACUUCAUGCAACUUGAGCGCAAGCAGCGCGAGCAGCAAGGUGACUUCGAUGGAGUCCUGAUAAUGCCAUCAGACAUGCCUUACGAGUGCGUUAAAUCCAUCAUAAGUUUCAUGUACACAGGCCAGUUGGAAUACUGGACAUCAGAGCAGAACGCCCUGUACCGAACAGCCCAGAAGAUGAACAUGACAGUUCUGACGAAGCUCCUGGACGCUCAAUUCAACACCACUGCCCUCCAGACGUCGAGUCCCCCCUCCCCAGAUAAAUCCAACAUAUCCUUUCACAAGCCCUCGUCCCCCAAGAAGUCCAGCAUGCAGUCGUUAUCGAUGACUCCACUACCAGGACGAAAACUCCCAAUUUGGCGAAGGAAACUGGAGAGUAAGCCAGAAGUGACAGCUGGUCCCUCGCGUUUCGAGCUGCCAGACGCUGAGGACCUCACCCUGGGGGUCUUCUCCUCCUUCGACGAUAUCACCUACAACACGAAACCCAUUGUCAAGGCCACUGAUCACUCGACGCCUCCUGAGGAGCCCUCGUUCAAUCGCUCCACGUCAGACAUGGCGAAGAAUGACACAACGGAGGAUGAGGAUGAGGACGAUCCCAGGAAGUCGGAGAACUCUGAUGAUGAGUGGACACCACCAAACUCUAGGUCUGAGGAGAUUCAGCCCACGCCCUCCAAACGAGUCAGAUUCGAGCUCGAAGAGAAGGAGAACCUCGAGAAGCCGGAGAACAAUCCAGUGGACAACAUCAACAACCACGCCAAGAUAAUCCGCGAGGUCCUGAAGAAGUACCCCCACCUCGUGAAGAACAACAAGAACAUUCGCCUAAAGAUAAUGCAGAAGGAGUCGAAGACUGCGGAGUCAGCAGCUGGGAAGACCAAGGUGUCUUACGUGGUCCUCAAGUCGGACCAUCUCAUGUCAGCCGACGAAAAGGACGAGAGGGUGCUGCUGGCUGAGGGCGAGAGUGGCCCCUGGAAGUGUCACAAGUGCGACAUUGACGAGGAAUACCCCACGUACUACAUGUACAGGAGGCACAUGCAGGACGUUCACGAGGAGAAGUUCGAUCCCAGGGUCUGCGAGCACUGCGGGUACAAGGCCACCAAGAGGAACAUUCUCAUGCACCACAUGUACGUCAAGCACAAUGUCCCACCCCCCAAGAGCAUGAGCUUCCCCAAGUGCCAUGCCUGCAACUACGUAGGCUUGUCUGACACACUCUUGGCUAGACACCAGAAGUCUCACAAUCAUGGACCAAGGUCACUGCUCAAUUCACAGACUGACGAGGUGGAGUGUGUUCAGUGCAGCGAGACUUUUAAGGAUGUCAGUGAACUUGCCAGUCACGAGAUGAGCACUGGGCAUGGCACCAGUGUGCCCACUGUCAAUGGGGACAAGGGGUACAAGUGCUCGCUUUGUCCCAAGGUGUUUAUCAAACCGGUCAAUCUUCAGGUGCAUGUCGAGAGCGCUCAUAAGGAGAGGGAGGUGGCGGAGGUGGGGCCGGGGAUACCACUGGAACCGUCGAGUGAGGCUGAGGCACUCAGUCAUGUCGCCUCAGGAAUCGCCGCCUCCCUGGGGGUGGCUGAGGGACUCGAUCAGGAGCAGCAGGAUGAACAGGUGAUAACCUCUGAGGGUAACUACUUGGUGAACGAGAUGGUAUUAAACAACAUGCAGCAGCAGGAAAAUUAUAAUGGCCAUGAGAUCGAGGACCAGCAGAUGAUAAUGCUGAUAGAUAACGAGAACUAUCAGCAGGACGAGGGGCAGCCGAGUCAGAGUCAACCCCAGCAGCUGGAGAUAUCGAGUAAUGAGCAGCUGGUGAUGCAGGGAACAGACGAGGGAAUGAUUGUUUACAUUCAUGGGAAUGAGGACCAGAGUGCGAGGCAGGUCUACGAGUCCUUCCAGCAGGAGGUGAGCCAGGAGACUGAGGAGAUCGUCGAGGAGGUCGAGGAGGUGGAGGAGGUCGUCGAGGAGGUCGAGGAGAUGCAGGAGGGGGAGCAGGGGACUGAGCACAUCGAAGAGGUCAUUCAGUAUGUCGAGGAGGAGACUGAGAUCGUCGAGUAUGAGGAGCACCAGGGCCAGGAGUCCAUGAUGAUCAUUGAGGAGGAGCAUCUCGAGCCCGAGACUGACAAGCAGAAGGAGACGAGGGAACUCGCUGACGAGUGGGACGAGGACAGCACCGAUAUGAAUGAGUCGUGAAGCCAGGGAUGAAGAAUUAGGACACGUUUGUGAUGAGCCUGAGUGUGGGGACUUUAAUGGAGAAACCUAGACAUUCUUCGCAGAAAUUCUAUUGGGGUUCUAUUAAAAUUCCGCUCAAAACAUCUUUUUUUUAACAUUUUGAAAAUUCAAUAGAUUUUGAUUUCUCUUCAAAUCCAAGAAAAAAACUCGGAAAAUAUGAACAAAGUUGUUCCAUCUCGAGAAGAAUCGAAUCACGUGGGAUUUGUCUGUUGUUCUUAGAAUUGAAAUUUUUUGGAGACAAUUCCGAUUGACUUUCGUUUGUAAUAAUCCCCAGGAAUUGUGGAUUGUCUUGAUAUCUUGAUUAUUGUUUUGAGAAAUGCAACAAUCAAAAGAACUCCUGUUCGACCUUUCGAAGACUUUUUUUUCAAUUGUUGGGGAUGAGUUGAUAACUGUAUAUUUUUCCCUGGGACUCCGUUAGUAUUUUGAUUUUCCCUUGCACCUGAUGAUGGAUUAUUUAGAUUGAAUGAGAGAACUGUCGAGGAUCUGAAUGCGACCAGAAAUAUCUUCUUUUCUACUGUAAAAGUGACGAUGCAUUAUUAAUUUGCCUUGAGAACAAUAAUGUAAGAUUAAUAAAUCGAAAUAAGUGAAGGGAGCUGAAUUAGUUCCAUAAUUAUUUUUAUCCAAUCAAUAAUUAAGAGACUGGAGGAUUAACUCAGAAGGGCACGUGCUAGCACAAGUUAUCGAGUUUAUUGGACAAUUCACAGAGUUAGUUAAAAAAAACAAUGUAAUUACAAUAAGAGUACAAGAUUUGUAAAGUAGAAAAUUGGAAAUUGGUGAAUAAAUGUCGGUGAAAUUGAUCAUUUGUGUCAACAUCUGAGCACUUUUUCGCA